AUGAAGUUUAUCUCUCUCUCUAUAAAGACAUCUAUGAAGCCAUCUCUUCUCUCUAAAACAUCUACAUCUGAAGCCAUCUCUUCUCUCUAUAAAGACAUCUAUGAAGCCAUCUCUUCUCUCUAUAAAGACAUCUAUGAAGCCAUCUCUUCUCUCUAUAAAGACAAUCUAAGACCAUCUCUUCUCUCUAUAAAAGACAUCUAUGAAGCCAUCUCUUCUCUCUAUAAAGACAUCUAUGAAACAACUGAAGCCAAAUCCAUUUCUUCUAUAAAGACAUCUAUGUUUCAAGCCAUCUCUUCUCUCUAUAAAGACAUCUAUACAUCAUCUCUUCUCUCUAUAAAGACAUCUAAAACCAUCUCUUCUCUCUAUAAAGACAUCUAUGCCAUCUCUCUCUCUUAUAAAGACAUCAUCUCUUCUCUCUAUAAAGACAACUAUGAAGCCAUCUCUUCUCUCUAUAAAGACAUCUAUGGCUUCAUCUUCUCUCUAUAA